CAAUUUUCAGUGAUAUCUCCCAUAAUUAUAAUAAUGUUGAAACAAAAGGCCCAAUCCGUCAAGUAUCCAAGGAAUUCACGACCGAGGAAAGAAAUGAUCUCCUUGUCCGUGCCACGUACAUCUCGUUCAUUGAGCCCUGCAAUGGCUCGAAGUGCUCCAAGCUCUCCAAUGACAAGAUAUGGUCCGGGUGGAUUGGAACCAAUGUCUGGUCGUGAUCGUUCGGGAAGUAUCUCCCUUUCACCAAGAAAUGUGAUUCCAGUAUGCUCUCAACUAACUCCAUCUCAAGUAUCAGUUGUUCGUCGUUCAUGGAGACAUAUCAACACAAAGGGGCUCAUUAUUGUCCUGACAAGAUGCUUUUCAAGACUUGAAUCAAAUUGUCCAAUUGUUUCUCAAUGCUUCCAAUCAGCCACAUAUUCAUUAUCGACAAAUCCAAACGGAGUACGUACAGUAGCUGAUCAUGCGAAAUAUCUUCUUCAGCUUCUGGAUAAAAUCAUUGAAGGAGAUGUGGAUUCGGAAUUUCUUCGUGAAAUUGGCGCCAAUCAUGUGUGUCUGAAACACGAAAGUGGAUUCAGCACCCAAGAAUGGGAUCGAUUCCAAGAGAUAAUGGUUGAAGUGAUUCUGAAGCAGGACGGAGUGAAACAAAGUAAAGAAACAAGCCGAGCAUGGAGACUACUUAUUUGCUCAUUCAUUGAACUUAUUCGUGAUGGAUUCGAUGCUCAAGUUCGUCAAUUCAGAAGAAAACAUUCAUUCAAUGCACAUGUUCAAUAUUUUGAAAAUAUUGAGAAGCGAGUCGGUGUCUGCCCCAGUCGAAAAAUCUCAUUAAAUGUGGAUCCACGAACUCCUCCAAAUGGUGUUCGGAAAUAUUCACAAUAUUGAUAUUGCUCCAAGAAAUUCAUUGGCUUACAAUUUUUCUUUCCGAUUCAUCUAUCUGUGAUCUCAUUUUCCGGCUCUGGCCCAUCACCGGGCCUCAUUCUUCCUUUCUCUUGAAUCAUUUCCAAACCAGUUUAUCAAUUUUCCCAUCUUCUCACAAUUGUAUAUUGCUUCAUUACUUUCUGAAUAUCAGCUUAAAGUUCUCAAUACCAACUCAAUAAACUUUAUAAAAACUAAAA